AUGGCUUCCAGCGUGGCAUCCGUAAGUCCAAGUCAUCUUUCCGUCACUGGAAAAUGCUCCAGGGACGGCCGUGAAACACUUGUGUCAAAUUCGGGGAUAAUAUUGAGAGUUCUCAUUGGCCUUUCUGUCCUUGCUCCGCUUGCUUACUUCCAUGACAAGGUACUUGGCAACCUGCUUCUAUUUCUUAUUGGUCUCGGCCUUACUAAUCCGACAUAUUCUUCUGCCUUAGAGCCAACCGUUCCGGUCUUUACAUUUCUGUUUUCUGCAAUCAUGGGCAUAGAAAAAGUGAACUUGUUAAGGUAUGAAGGUGUGGCCAAGGUUGGAGGAACUAUUGUCUGUGUCUCGGGUGCCAUAUCGAUGGUGUUGUAUCAUGGUCCAGUUGUUAUAGGAAAUUCAGAAGCAGGAUUGGAGAAUGUAUCAGAAAAUGCAUCUGGAUUAUAUAGGAUUACUUCAAUUCAGUCUUGGGGUUAUGUGUUUACUAGGGCACUGCAUGUGCCUGGGUGCUUAUCUAGCCAUUCAGGUAUUUAUCCUUAA